CCAGUCACGUGUUUGCUACUGUAUAGUCACGUGACCUCAGUUGGUUAAGAAAAAUGAAAACUGGGCAUAACCAGCUGAACCCUGCGCUGUUUGUUUUCAUCCUUUAUUUGUGCAUUUACCGCAGCCGCCAACAAAACGAGCCGCAGGUAUGUCAACAAUGCAGCGGGGCGGUGCUGAAUGGCUCCUCGGUGGGUGAGUUUUGCUCGUCGUUCGCGGGUCGGGUCGCCGGACGCUGCUGCCUGGGGAAUGAAACGAGCGGCCGUGAACGCAUCAUCGGGCUGGAUUUGUCCAAUUGUUCCUUAACUCACGUGGACAAUCUGCAGGAAGCGUCAGCUGCUUUCAUCAUCGAUCUGUCAAUAAACUCAAUUUUCAACAUGAGUGACGCGGCAUUUCAAGGAUUUAGCAAGUUAAGUCACUUGAUUUUGCCCGCACACAUGGCCUGCCCGGGCGGGAAUUCUUCUUGGGAAAAGGUGGAGCUAAAGGAGGGAAAGCGCCUUUGCAAAGGCCAGAGGAACACGUGCAAGCAGCCUGGGAGGACGCCUGCGAACUGUCCGGGGUACGCCCGGUGCGGUCCGUACGGGCCCGGCUUCUUCGAGUGCAGCUGCGCCGACAACUACCACGGGUACAAGUGUCUGCGGGAGGGGCAGUUCCCAACCCUCCAGGUGUUGGGACCUCUGGGAGCCUCGACAUUUGUGCUUUCCCUCCUGCUGUGGCUCACCCAGAGGCGAAAGGCCAAGGCGUUAUAGGCUCUGCCCAUGAUUAGUUGUAUGUGCGUUCAUCUACUGAGUGAGCGAAAAGGGAAGUACCUAUCCUGAUACGUAAGCGAUUCUUAGCUGGUUUUUAGUGUCACUGUCAUCUCGCAAUAUUUGAAAAAUGCAUCUGACCUCUGACUAUGGUUUGUGUAAAUUGUAUUUAUUUUUUAAACAUAUUGACCCAGCUCUGUCUCAAAAAGAGGGAAAAGGUCUGCAUGACAAUGACAAUGCUUUGUUUUCGCCAUGAAAAUCUUUUUGUGCAGUGCUACCUUGACGUAUGACAGCGUCCUCUUUUCAUAGGUCAAAAUAAUCUGAGUUACAAACGCAACAGCAAUCGCUUCGUAUGUAGUAUUCAGGAAAUUUGGGUUUGUGCUGGUGUGAAAAAGACGAGAGGCAGAAAAGCACGUCGGGAUUCCCCCAAAAUGCUUUUUGUUUAUUCAAGUUGCUUCUAGCUUUUAAAGGUCAGUUGACAGCAGCGCUGAUUCGUUCAUACAUGUCUGAAAAAUGAGAGCACGCGUUGCCUCGCGUUACGUUGACAAAACAGCAUCCCGCAUCUAUUUGUCGGCAUUACUGCAGCACUUUUUAGCUAUAAAAAGAUUGUAUUUACCUACUGCUCCACUAGACUUGUUGCCAUAUACACAACUAUUAUGUUGGGAUAAUUUGAAAAAAUAAAUAAUAAUGAAAACA